AAAAUUUCAACAUUUUCCUCCAAAUCGUAUAAAUAAUUAUGAGAAAUAUUUGUCUAGCCAACAAGCACAUCAUUAAUCUUUCUAUUAGCGAAAACCAAACAAACUCCUCAAACAAAAACCUUACAAAAUGGAUCAAGACUUAUUUCACAUUUUCAUGGACUUUAUAUAUAAUUUUUUCGAAAAUAUUAUCCUACUUCAAAAUCUAGUCCCAACCGUAUGCUUAUCGGCAGCCAUCGGUUACAUUUUCUACUGGAUUUUCAUGAAGGAUUACAACUUCGCUGAGGACUUUGCUGCUCACGGAUUUGAACAUCUUGAUAAAAAUGGACUGACUAAGGAUGCCAAUAAAUCAUCCAAUUCCUACAAAACAUAUAAGAUUAACCAGCUAAUGAAGAGGAGAAAAAUUGGAAAUAUUCCUCCACAUUAUCCAACCGGUUGGUUUUCAAUAUUGGAUUCCGACUCGUUAAAAAGCGGAGAAGUGAAGGAAAUCAAUGUCUUGGGAGAGAAUCUGGUCGCCUGGCGUGGAAUGGAGUCUGAUCAGGUGCACGUUGCAGACGCUUACUGUCCGCACAAUGGGGCUCAUUUAGGCGUGGGUGGCACCGUGCGAGGGGACUGUAUUCAGUGUCCCUUCCAUCACUGGAGGUAUCGUGGAGGGGAUGGGAAAUUAGUAGAAAUUCCGUACGCAGAAAGGAAGGGGGCAUUUUCCAUCCAUUUAAAAAUGUGGGAAAGUAUGGAAGCCAAUGGAAACAUUUACAUUUGGCAUGACUCAGAUGAGAAGAAAUCAUCUUGGAGUAUCGAUAUCGUGCCAUACAUACAAAAUAAGAGAUGGAAAUCCUGUGGGAAGACGGAGUUUGAGAUUGCAUGUCAUAUACAGGAAAUUAUUGAGAAUGGUGCGGACAUUGCACAUCUCGACCCACUUCAUGGCUAUUCAUUUUCUCUCGGAGGGUGGAACAUUUUAAAAACUAUUUACGAAGCUGAAUGGUCACAGGCAGACAAAGAAACGAUGGGUGGUCACGUAGCCGUUGCAAAAGUGGGCACGGAUAUUUGCUUUUUUAACAGGUGGAAAUUUUUCCGAACAGAUUUAACCAUGUAUAUUAUAGGGCCAGGAAUUGUCCAAUUCAACUUUGACACAAUGUUCGGUUCGGGUGUCAUGAUUCAGGCGACGACGCCGAUAGAACCGCUUUUAUGUCUAAUUCGCCACCAGUUUUAUGUUUCCAACAUUUUCCUACGUCCUCUUGGAAAGUUGCUUCUUUACCUGGACAAAAAUCAGAUUGCAGCAGAUAUAUCGGUUUGGAAUCGGAAACAAUUUCUGAACAAGCCACGCCUCGCCCGAGAGGACAAAUUUAUCCCCCUGUUCCGUCGUUGGUAUGGACAAUUCUACCCGGAACGUAGCCUGCCGAAUGGAAAUAUUCAGGAUAAGCGUUCAGAUUUUUAGUGAAUAUGUCAUAAUUACUCGUUAAUAAAUAAUGCUCAUUCAUUCUAGUUA